ACAGAAUCCUUUCAAGUCACCCACGUGGAGUAAAUUAGCCAAAAAGAAGAUUCAAGAUGAGCUUUAUUACAACCAUAGAAGAUGACCAAGAGGUGCCCAAGGAAGAAGAGUCUGACUCAGAGGAAGAGAGUGCCCGGCCAGCUGUCAAGGGGUCCAAAGGGAAGACGACGCUAUUCAGUGAUGGGUUUGAGUUCUCAGAGCCAACAGGUGCUGACUGGCAUGUUGACGUUGAUUGGACUAUAGACGAAGACAUCUUAGCCAUGGCUAAAAAGCAACAGAGACCCGUGCUCACUUCACUUGAUGCCAAAAUUGCUCGAGCAAAAGAAAUGCGUAAACUAAAGACUGAGAAAGAUGUUGAAGACGGAGCUACAGAUGAAUCUGCUGAUGAAGGGUCUUCUGUAAGCGAAGAUGAAGUCAGUGAGUCUGGUGAGCCUUGUGACAUGCGUGAGGCUCGUGACACUGGUGGAGCUAGUGAUGCUGACGAGGAUGGUGUGGGCGGUGACUUGUGUGAGGGUGGUGGGGACGAGAGUGACUAUGAAGGCCUCGCAGAAGAUACGUUGAAGGUAAAGAAAGCAAAGCAGAAAAAAUCGUCAUUUUUUGAAGAGUACCAACCUCAAGAUGUGGACAUAGGUUUCACAGAUAUGAACCUCUCCCGCCCACUGCUUAAGGCAGUGACCACCAUAGGCUACACCACACCCACCCCCAUCCAAGCCAACGCUGUUCCCGUGGCACUCAUGGGCAAGGAUAUCUGUGCAUGUGCAGCCACUGGAACUGGAAAGACUGCUGCCUUCAUGCUGCCUAUUCUGGAGAGACUGUUGUUUCGGCCCUCACACACUCGAGUGAUCCGAGUGCUUAUUCUCACGCCCACGAGGGAGCUAGCCAUGCAGAUACACUCAGUGGGCAAGGCCCUCUCUAAACACAUGAACGUUGAUUUCUGCUUAGUGUCUGGUGGGCUUGAGAGCAAAAGUCAGAUAGCAAUGUUGCGUAAGAAUCCGGAUGUUGUCAUAGCGACACCGGGACGGCUGGUGGAUCACCUGCACAAUGCCCCCUCGUUCUCUCUGAGCACUAUCGAGAUACUGGUACUGGAUGAAGCUGAUAGAAUGUUGGACGAGCAUUUUGAGGAACAGAUGAAUGACAUCAUACAGCAGUGCCCCAAGAGCAGACAGACGAUGCUAUUCUCAGCCACCAUGACUGAUGAGGUGGAGGAGCUGGUUCGUCUGUCCCUCAAUCGUCCAGUGAGACUCUUUGUGGACAGCAACACGGAUGUAGCGGACAAACUGACACAAGAGUUUGUGAGAAUAAAGGGCAAGAAAGAAGGAGACAGAGAAGCCAUUGUAGCUGCCCUCUGCUGUAGAACCUUCAAGGACCACUGUUUGGUGUUCUUCCCGACAAAGGUGCUGGCCCAUAGAAUGAGAAUCAUCUUUGGCCUGUUGGGUCUCAACGCAGCAGAGCUCCAUGGCAACCUCUCCAUGUUACAGCGUAUAGAUGCCCUGAGGUUGUUUAAAGAUGGUUCUGUGGACUUCCUGCUAGUCACUGACCUCGCCUCUCGUGGCCUCGACAUAGAGAAAGUGAAAACAGUGAUCAACUACAGCAUGCCUGCCAGUUGCAAGCAGUACAUACAUCGAGUGGGGAGGACAGCAAGAGCGAGAAGAAGUGGGCGCUCGAUCACCCUAGUGGGAGAGAAGGGACGUAAGGUAUUGAAGGAGGUCGUCCGACAAGCAAAGAAGGCAGUCAAGAGCAGAAUCUUACCACCUGAGGUGGUUGUCAAGUUCAGAGACAAGAUUCGUGGUCUGGAAGGUGAAAUGAAGAGCAUUCUGAAACAGGAGGAAGAAGAGAAAGAACUGAGGGUGUCAGAGAUGCAGGUCAACAAGGCACGGAAUAUGAUAGAACACGAACAGGAGAUAUUCAGUCGCCCGGCCAGGACGUGGAUUCAAGCAUCCAAUCAGAAGCCUGCCACCAGCGAGGGAAAGAAAGCUGCAAAGAAGGAAAAGAAGAAAAAGAAACCUGAGACACCUGAGGAGGUGGAGGCCAUGAAGGUGAGGCUGUCUCAGGAGUAUGCAGCUAGGCAGGCCAAGAAGGGUAAGAAGAGAAAGAGAGACACGGCUACUGAACCAGUCAGCAUUAAGAAACCUAGGAAAGUGAAAGUUAAACCGAGUUCAGUAGUGCGCACUUUUGACAAGGAGCUCACUGACACCAGCCACAAGUCUGUCAAAGGACUCAGAAAAUCUACUGUGGACUUGAAAGCAGCGAAAGGGUCAAAUUUUAAGUCCAAGAAAAGGUACAAGAGGAGAUGAAAAGACACUGUAUUGCUGAAUUAUAAGAAUGCAAUCACUUGACUCUAGCUCAGAAUUUGUGUGCAUUUUUUUGUUGCAUUCUUUUGUGCAUGGAAUGCAAAGCGUCCUAGUGAUGUCAUACAUGUAUGCAUUGUUUAUCUCAGUCGAUCCUUA